GCCUUUCCCUACCGGGACCCCGCCCUCUAUUUUCCAUAACUUCAAUCUGACGGAUUUUCUGUUUUGCUGUGAUUUGAUGGUUUGUACGUUGCGGCAAGACUUGCUCCCUCGUACGGCACCACAUGAGACCACCUUUUGCUUCCUCAUCGUCCCCGAGAGACACUACUUUCAUUUUGGCGCCGUGUUCGGAAAGAUGUACGUUGGUUCGUCUCGGUCGGCGGCACUUUAGGAAGAUAUUUCUACCCGAAGCGUCACUCGGAAAACUUCCACGUUUUUUGGGGUUGCCGCCUUGAAUCGUUUUGGUCCACAGACUGCGAGGUCAAAGAGGUGGUUAUCCCCGAACUGUAUGGCUGUCACGUUGUUCCAGCGCGGUCUUCCUGGACAUUAACGGCGAUGAUUGUCGUGUCAGGCCAAGACGAGGGCGAACAGGCAUUGCCAACCGGCUAACAACGCUAACCCAGGCGGGGAUUACCAUGUGGGCGAUCACAGUUUAGAACAUUUCUCGACUCCCCCCGUCAACCUCCCACUGCUCUUGAAAAACAUAUCUCACGGGCCUCCAACGACUGACACAAAAUGCAGACGUAACGACGGAUGAAGUCGGUAAGCUAGCUCUUGUUGUCGCUGCGAUGUCGCACAAACUAGGAGCACACAAAUUUGCAAUGGAGGGGAAUGUGCAGCAAAAAAGCACCCCCCUAACUCGGGAGCUCACACGGAUAUUCAGCAGCUACAACAAACACUCCGCUCUGCUCAAGAAGAACCUCAAGGAGACCAAUGCCUUCUUCCGGGAAAUCAGACAGAACUACAGCAACGCGUGUGCAUCAGCCAUGAGCUCGGAGUCCGCUUCUCUGGAGGCAGGGCAAUUAAGCUGCAUCGCUUUCCCGAGCCACGAAGAAGAGUUCCUGCGCAACACUGUGGGCGCUGCCCCAUACAUCUUGGUGCUCGGGCAGAACUGCACUGCCCGCUAUCAGCUACUCAACUGCCUACUGGGCGAGAGACUGCUGCCGCUGGGCCCCGAGGCCGGCGAACCUUGCGGAGGUGUCCAGGGCACCCCGUGCAAGAGGCGGAAGUUGUGUUUCACCCACGGGAGACAGACGCGACUUAGUCUGGCGCUGCCCGGCCAGUACGAGCUGGUGCACCAGUUGGCGGCGAACCGCGGCCGUUGGGAUACGGUGCCACUUGAGGACCUGGAGAUCCACGAGGAAUGCGAGGACCCCGCACACAGGCUCGCUGAGCUGGAGAUCACCCUGCAUCACCCUUUACUUCAGGAAGCAAAGGUCAUGGUGGUGCCUUGUGCGAGCGUCCAGCCUAUGGAAGAAGCCCUCGAAGACUGCACUCGGAACGUGAUCCCUAUCAUACUGUAUGCCACCAAGGAGGAUUCCUUAAACGCGGAGCAGGUGGCCGAGCUUUGGAAAGCCAAAGAGAUGCUCUCCUUUCCCAUCUGUUUCAUCCGCCUCCCCGACACGAUGCCCGCAGCCUCGCCGGAGCCCAGCCGCCGCGCAGAGAAGGACAAGGAGCGGGAGAAGAGCGCUCUCCAUAAGCAGCUGCUCUCCCUCGGCUUUCUUAGCGGCCCGACGGGAAAUUGCUCCUGCGGGGCCCCCACACAGAUGCCCGUCCCGGGUGCCAAGCCGCAAAGCAUGCUUGGUGAAGCCUUCGAAAGAUUACACAGGCUGCUGGUGCCUUUUACACGCCAGGUGCUACAAAACCAACAGGUGGAGGCCGCCAGCCUGCUCAACGGGCUCCACUGUCGCUGCCUCGAUCUUUUCAUAAACCAGGCCUUUGACAUGCAGAGAGACCUGCAGAUAACCCCCCGCAGGCUGGAAUACACCCGUGAGAAAGAAGGGGAAUUGUUCACCUCCCUCAUGGCGAUUGCUAACCGCAAACAAGAAGAGAUGAAGGAAAUGAUUGUGGAGACACUUAGCAGCAUGAAAGAGCAAUUGCUUGAGGAUGCUGCCAACUUGGAGUUUACGGACAUAAUAGUCACAGCCAAUGGCGAGCCUGUUACGUCAAAGGAGAUCAAGUCUUGCAUCCACCAGAUCCAGGAGCUGAUUGUGUUGCGUCUGAAUCAGGCUGUGGCCAACAAGCUCAUCAGCUCUGUGGACUAUUUGAGAGAGAGUUUUGUGGGAACACUGGAGCGAUGUCUCAGCAGUCUGGAGAAGUCCCACAUCGACUCGUCCGUACACAACAUCACCUCCAAUCACCUCAAACAGUUAUUGAACGCUGCCUAUCACGUCGAGGUCACCUUUCAUUCGGGAUCUUCCGUCACGCGACUCGUGUGGGAGCAAAUCAAACAGAUCAUCCACAGGAUAACAUUUGUGAACCCACCUGCCAUCUCGCACGAAUGGAAGCGCAAAGUGGCACAGGACGCCAUCGAAAGUCUCAGUGCUGCCAAAUUGGCCCGAAGCAUCUGCUCCCAGUUCAGAACGCGCCUCAACAGCUCCCAUGAGGCUUUUGCAGCAUCCCUGCGUCAGCUGGAGGAAGGCCACACGGGGCGAUUGGAGCGCACCGAGGACCUGUGGCUGCGCGUAAGGAAGGACCAUGCCCCACGACUGGCCCGCCUCUCACUGGAAAGCCGUUCCCUCCGAGACGUGCUGCUGCAUGGUAAACCAAAGAUAGGCCGUGAGCUGGGCCGCGGCCAGUACGGAGUGGUGUACUUGUGCGACAGUUGGGGGGGCCGCUACCCAUGUGCCCUGAAGUCUGUGGUGCCACCGGAUGAUAAACACUGGAACGACCUGGCUUUGGAGUUUCACUACACAAGGUCGCUGCCCAAGCACGAGCGGCUCGUCGACCUCCACGGCUCCGUUAUCGACCACACAUACGGGGAGGGCUCCAGCAUUGCCGUGCUGCUCAUCAUGGAGCGUUUGCACCGAGACCUCUACACCGGCCUCAAGGCUGGUUUGUCACUGAGAGAGAGGCUUCAGAUUGCGCUGGAUGUUGUGGAGGGGAUCCGUUUCCUGCACAGUCAAGGCCUUUUGCACCGAGACAUCAAGCUCAAAAAUGUUCUGCUGGACAAGCAGAACCGGGCCAAAAUCACAGACCUGGGCUUCUGUAAACCAGAGGCCAUGAUGUCCGGCAGCAUUGUCGGAACCCCCAUCCACAUGGCACCGGAGCUGUUUACGGGAAAAUAUGACAACUCUGUUGACGUCUAUGCCUUCGGGAUCCUCUUCUGGUACCUGUGCACCGGUUCUGUAAAACUCCCGGAAGCCUUUGAGAAAUGCUCAAGCAAGGACCAACUCUGGAAUAAUGUCAAAAAAGGUGCCCGACCCGAACGCUUAUCCUCGUUCGACGAGGAGUGCUGGCAGCUGAUGGAGGCCUGCUGGAACGGCGACCCUUCCCAGAGGCCCCUGCUCGGCAUCGUGGAGCCCGGCCUGCAAAGCAUCAUGGUCCGCCUGUGCAACUACGACUCGGAGCAGAAAAGCAGCAGCCUGGAGGACUCGAACUGAAAACACUCCCGACAAACUAAUGCACACGUCAUGGGGAUCGUGGUCGUCAAAAUAUAUUUUUUUCCUCAUAUUUAUGAAAGGACGCUUGAUAGCCAAAAAUUGUGACCCAUGUCUUUGUCCUUGUUCACGUGUGGGGAUUUAUGUAAUUUAUGAGGGGAUCCAGAUGUUUGCAAAGAUGUUUGUUUUAUUGUUUAUCUGUAUAGAAGUCCUCCACUUUGACAUGCUAACUGCCACUCAUUCACAGAAAAUGUUACUAGAUGCAACUUUUAAAUGUCGUCCGUUACAAGUAUUGUGAGCAAAAAAAAGAUAAGAUACAUUUUAGACUGUAUUUAAUGUCUGCAUCUACACCAAUACCCUUUUUUUAAA